AUGAACGACCAUCUAUCAAUACGCGUCAACGCCGCCCGUCUUUCUGGCAUAAAGGGCAGGACAGUCCGUCUCCCCUGCAAAGUCCUCCGACUUUCAGAUGACAUCGCCAUCGUCGAAGCUAGUGAUGGUGGCCAGGUAGAGAUCCAAAGGAAGAAUGUGGAUGUGACUGCUACCUACGUCGAAGUUAUUGGGACUGUGGUGAAUGAAUCCACGAUAAAAGCCAUGGCGACACUCCCGUUAGAUUCAGAAGGCGAGCUAGGUAUGGAUCUUUAA